AGGCACAAAAUGCUGGAGUAACUCAGCGGGACAGGCAGCAUCUCUGGAGAGAAGAAAUGGAUGAAGUUUAGGGUUCAGACCCUUCUUUAUUUUCCCCUAUCGUGCUUGGGAAUGCAAGGCAAGAUUUAAAUUGGAAGAGAUGUUUUAGUUGUCGACAGUCGCAAAAACUUGAGAUAAUAAGAUUGUAUUGAAAGUAUUUGUGGAAUGAGAUGCAAGCCAUGACCAACAAAAACUGAAUGAAGAGCAAAAUGUAUAAAGGUUGAAUGAGCUGCGUCUCCAGGAAGGAAUAGCUCAUUCCUCUGGUGAUCAGCAGCUAAUUAGUGCUGGGUUAUAUAUUUAUGGCAUAUUCAGGUGAAGCUGAAUGGGGCUAAUUUGAAAGGAAGAAUAGAUAUGCUGAAACAAACUGGCUCCCUCUCAAACUCCCAGCAGUUCAUUCACAGCACAAAUCCAAGAGUGACAUUUAUUCCAGAUAAUAUCAGUGCUUACAGAUGACCUAUUUUCCAUUUGUUUUCAAAGUGAAUGGUGUAACAGCUAAUGAGAAACUCUAAUUGAAGAAAGAUGAUGUGAAUCACUGUUGCAGUGGUCAGUUGGAAUGGCUCCAUUGUACCUGAACAAAGAAUGCUGAGAGAUAAUACGGAAUGAAAAUAAUAUAAAUAAGGGAUCAGAGAUUGGUUCCUCUUCAGUUCAAGAAAACGACUGAAGCACCUGUGGCAAGAAUAUUCUGCACGAUAGCUCGGUUCCACAAAGGAUUGGUGAAGAUGGAAACCACGGCAAUGAAAAAGCUGGAUGUUAUUCUGAUGUUGGCCCUGCUCUGCUCCUUGGUCAGCGCUUCCCCCAGAGUUCCCAAGUGCUGCUGCCAGCAAACGUGCUCCUGCAAGGUCAUCGAUCUCCUUCGUGGAACUGGAAACCAUGCAGCCGGCAUCCUCACUCUGGGCAAGCGGAAAACCAAUGCCCAGCCCUUCCAGAACCGCCUACACCAUCUCCUUCAUGGCCUCGAGAACCAAGCUACUGGCAUUCUCACUAUGGGCAAGAGAGAAGAGCCUCAGCAGGUGUCUUUGGCAGAAGAUAGCCCAGGAACCAACAGUAGAUGUGAGGACAAGAGGUCCCUGCUGGAAAAGCGUUUCAGUUGGGAUCUUCAGCUGGGAUCUCAGGAGCAGCAAGAAUUUCCAGAGGCCCAAAUGGCCAAAAAAGACUUAGAGCCAAGUGAAUGUCCAGCACAACUAUUGAAACUGUUUUAACAGCAAUGAGACCUUAUGGCUUAGGCAUUCGUGCCAAAUGCCAAGUUGUCUUUAUCAGUUAAUUUGUAGAGAGUUUCAAGCUCCUGAUGGAAACUUAGAAAUUAGCUUGCAAUGAAACAGUUGUGUUUUAGCAAGAGAGUUGUGUGAAAGAAUCACGUCCACACUGAGAGUUGUAAAAGUUAAGGUUAUUCUUGAAUAUUAACCUGAAUUUACAGCAAAUAAAGUUAUGUUUUUAGAUUUACCGCAAUGAUUGAGCCGUUUUCUAUGAAAAGUGUUCCCUUCAAAUAUUCUGUUCAGGAAUCUUGCAGGCUAGAGAGAAAUGGAUUCCGUUUCAGUCAAGCAUCUCCCAGCUGUCUUCCUUCAGCAUGGACAGCC